AUGAAUCGAAACACAAGCCAAGAAAUCCGAGAUGACUUGAUUUACGACUCGGAUGAAGAUAUGGAGUCUGACCAACAGAGCCAGGCACCAAGAUGGAGCCGGAGAGGCAGCUUCAGCAUGAAGGGCAGCUUCAUGAACGAGUCAAUGCCCACGGACGACAUAAUCUUAAGCGGCACCCUAGACAAGAAGACGAGCAGUUCUUCCAACUCGUGGGACCCCAAGUAUGCUGUUCUCACCAGUACAGACUUGUACUUUGCGAACCCUGACUUGCAGCACUUGGUCACGGACAAAAUCCCACUACAUGAGAUUGUCAGCGUCGGUCGGUUCCGAGACCUGGAGAACAUCACGAAAGGUCCUGACAACAACAAGCGACGAUCAGUGCGAAAAUCGAAGCGAAGAGGAUCAAACGCGUCAGAGAGAACCCACUUGACUUUCGUCAUUCAAACUGAUGAGAUGGGAAUAAACAACGGAAGGACUUACAUCUUUCAAGCAAAUGACGAGGAUGAAUAUGAGACCUGGUUUCGUACACUGACCAAAACAUACAAGGCCGCAAUUAAAAGGCAUAAGAGUGAUGUUGAACGACAAGACAUCGCGGGAAGUUCGACCCGAUGGUUGCAAAUCAACUCGCUCAAACUCUAUAAGAACAAGAUUUAUAUCUAUGUGUGCUCUACUGUCAUUCUGUUGGCCUACAUUUUGGAUUUAUACGAAGCAGAAGACAAUUUCAGUCUCUUUUUCAUGUUUGAAUUUUUCAUCCUAAUUGCUGCUCACUUCAACGAUUGGAGGCGAAAAUUCGUGAUACACAUUUGGAACUCCAUGGACGCGUUAGUGAUCGUCUUGUCAGUAUUUGCGAAUCUCUUUCAGAUCACUAUGCUGAGGCCCAUUCGCAUCCUUCGCAUCCUCCGAGUUCUCGGUCGUCUGCGAUCGUUCAGGAGGAUCCUCUGGGGUCUGAUGAAGGCCAUGCGGCCCGUCGUGUCUGCUCUCGGGCUGCUCAUGGUGGUGACCUGCUGCUAUGCUGUCCUCGCAACCAACCUCUACGGGACUUCUAAGAAAGAAUUCUUCGGGAGCAUGAGCGCUUCUGUCUUCACCAUGUUUCAGAUCGCUACUGGAGACUCAUGGGCGUCCUACGUCGCUAGGCCGACUUACAUGGCAGAGAAAGGAGGCUUUGAUCGAGGCGUCGCCCUCUUCUUCUCCUCCUACGUCCUCGUGACGAGCGUCAUCCUGGUCAACGUCGUCGUUGCUGUUCUCCUCGACGAGCUGAUUCAGACCAUCACGGCAGAGAAGCAAGCAGCUAAAGAAAAGUCGGACGAGGAGCUGCAGAGGAAGCGACAGGCAGCGCGAGCGACGGGGUCACUGGACGCCGUGAUCGAGUCCUUGUCAAAGUUCAACGACAAAGAAGAUCUGCUCCAUCGCAUCGACGAGCUCUUCCAGAAGUUGGACAUCGAGAAGUCAGGGUACCUGACGAUGGAGUCAAUGAACGAGGCGUUUGAUCUGCUCCCUCUCCCAACUCGAGUCCAGCUGGCACAGGACGACUUCUCGCUCAUCACGCAGGAAGGAGUUCUGUGCAACGAGGAUGGUGAGAUCGACAGGGAGCAGUUCGCUGUGAUCAUGGUCAAAGAGCUUCAAUGCUACAAUCAGCGAGAGACUCUCAACUCCAUGGGGGAGGCAAGAAGAGAUGGCGACGACGUACAGAGAAGCAUGUUCCUGACGAUGAAGCUGCUCUUCCUCGAGUUCGAGAGCAUGCAGGAGGAGGAGGUAGUCCCCGAAGAGCUUGAAGAGGACGUGGCGAGAAUCAACGAGAGGAUCGCAACCCUCUCUAAGAUGCUCAAAUCCCUCACCCAGCAGGUCAGCCGGAAUGUGCGCGAAGGGUCAGCGCGCGGGGAGGACGCGGAAAAGGGCAAUGGGCAUGGGGGAGGAAGGAGCGAGAAGAAGAUGAACAAGCAGAAGAUGAACAUGCUCUAUGAGAAGCAGUUUGAAACCGAGAAGAAGAAACCGCAGCAGGAAGAGACGGCUCGAGACAAGGGGAGGAGGGAGAGGACGGAGGAGCCGAGGCAAGGGAAUUCAAAAGUUCAAGCGAGGAGGAGGAGCGAACCUCCGAGAGGCCAGCGGAGGAACGAGCAGAUCAACAAGUUCCAGCAGCUCAAGAAGGCCAUCGAGAAUAUCCGCAAGAUCUCCCAGCAGGACGCUCAGCAGGAGAUCUCGAGAGCCGUGGCGACUCUCAACCUUGAGCAGAGCGACUUGGUGCUUGUGAGCGGGUCCAACCAGACGACGCCGAGGGAGCAGUGCUUUCAGCUCGCGCAGGCUCUCAGCACCUCCUCCGCCAUCCUCAAGUCCAACCGCCCCGCCAACCUCCCCGACCACCAGGAACGAAACCCGAGCCCCUAG